GCCCCAUAUUCCCCCAUCCCAGACGGAUCCAGAGAAUCACUCCCCUUCCCCCUUUCUGCUCAGUGAUCCUUCCCCCCCCCCCACUUCGCUCUCGCUCCCGUUCGCACCGACACAAUGGCCUCAGUUAAGAAGAUGGCUUCCACUAGCAACGAGUCGUCCCAGCUGGACAAGAUGGUUGAGUUCAUCACCAAGGAGGCUGAGGACAAGGCCAACAUGAUCACCUCCAGCUCCCUGGAGGAGGCCAGCACCGAGAAGAACAACCGCAUCAACGCCGCCAAGAUCCGCAUUGAUGCCACCCACGAGCGCCGCAUCAAGCAGCUCGAGGUCCAGCGCAAGAUCGAGUACUCCAACGCCCUCAACAAGAACCGCCUGCUGGUCCUCAAGGCCCGCGAGGAGGCCCUUGUCAAGGUCUUCGACGAGACCUCCAAGCGCCUGACUUCUAUCUCCGACAACAUGGCUGUCUACAAGCCCCUCCUCAAGAACCUCCUGAUCCAGACUUUCUUCGCCCUCAUGGACACCAAGGUCAACGUUGUCUGCCGCGCCAAGGACGCCGCUCUCGUCAAGGAGCUCAUCCCCGAGGCCGUUGCCGCCUACGAGAAGGAGGCCCUCGGUCAGAAGAUGGAGGCCACCGUCUGCACCCGUAACACCCUCCCCGAGGACAGCGCCGGUGGUGUCCUUGCCUACACUCCUGGUGGCAAGGUCCGCAUUUCCAACACCCUGGAGUCCCGUCUUGAGCUCCUCCAGCAGGAUAUGCUCCCCGAGAUCCGCCAGAUGAUGUUCGGCCCCAACCCCAACCGCACUCACUACGACUAAGCGCGUACUGUCCCCCUCCCCCCCCCUGUGUUUCUCUGUGCCUGUGUGUCAUUCCCCGGGCAUACCUGGCCUGCCUCUCCCUCCCGUAUGGCGGCCUGUGCGUUGUCUGCGCGCGCGCGCGCGCGCGCGCAUAGAGCACUCAAACAGCCCCCUCCCCCCUUUCUCCGCCCCCUCCCUCUCCCCCAUCCCUCAUAGUGCUGCCACCUGCUCUGUGGUACCAUGGCGCGCGCGCGCCGUGUCCAUGCGUGUGUGUGUCCCUCCCGCUACUCUCGGCCUUUCCAUUCGCUGUAUCACCCACGUGCGCCGGCACGCGGAAAGAACAAAGCAGGGCCACAUGGCGCAUGCGCACGCACCUCCCAAGGCGGGUGUGGUGGCCAUGCCCUUCCCCAUUUCUCUCUCCCCUCCCCCCCUCCCCCCUGUCUCACAUACACACAGUACACCGUGGCGCUUUUGUGCCCUCCCUCUCCCCCCCCCUAUUA